GAGUGCGGGAUGCUGCGGCGCCCCAAGCCCGGGGAAGGUGAGGCGGAUCUGCUCCGGGAGCAGCGGGAGCUUCUGAGUGCGGGCGGUCAAACCACGGUCAGUGUGGUGAAGAGACCCGAUAAACGCAGAGGAGACGCUGCUCCAGUACCUGUGUCCCAGCAGGGAAACCUCAGAGAUGUUGUGACCAUUGAAGAUCUUCCAGAUGAGAUUCCCAGCUUGACCCCUGCACCUCCGAAGAAGUCACGGUUUAAACAGGAGCGGGUUCGUUUUGAAGAUGAGGAUCCCGAAGAGCGUUUGGACAGACAUGACACUCACAUCAGUGCUGUCCUCUCCAGGAUCGUUGAAAGGGACACAAGUGCCGUACCAGUGUCGCUCCCUUGUAUCACAGGCAGUGCUUUCCCUAAAGUCUUACAUCGAUCUGUAAUAGAAAAUGAGAGCCAGGAAAGAGUUCCCAAACCAAGAAAAAGUAUUUUUGCACGUCAGAUUGCUGCACAGAGGGCGGAGGAAGAUGUAAAGUCUUCAUCUAAACAUGUGGGUAUGCAGACAGACCAAGCAGAAUCAAAAUGUGUGGACACUGUUGAUGGCCCCAUACUGCUUUCAGGUCAAGGGCUUGGGAUGGCAAAUAGCGCUGUGGAGAUGAUGAAGAUUCAUGAGGAAAAUCUGAUAAAGUUGCAAGCGAUGUCCCAGAGCGAGAUACUGGAGGAACAGAAGAAGGUGCUGGCACAGCUCGACCCUAGAUUAGUGGACUUUGUGAGAUCUCUGAAAGCACAGCGAACCCCAGGAUCUGAGACUUCAUUCAGUCCUGUGCAGAAAGACUUCUCGAAGGAACCUCCAGCUAAUAGCGCUUCUCCAGAGAUAAUAGACACAAAAAAAGCUCAGGAGUCUACCAUGGAGGAGGAUGAGGAUGGUCAACUUGUAGUUCUACCUCCAAUUUCAGAAGAGGAGCUGCCCAUCAGGCCACAGAAGAAGUGGGUACACAUGGACAAAGUGGAGCCAGAAAAACUGGAAUGGACGAGAGACCUUCCUGCACCCAGGAGAAGCAGCACCAAAAAGGCUAUGCAAGCACGUUUUGAUUUUGCUGGCACUCUCAUCCCACCCACCAAAGACUUGCCCACCCAUUUAGGCCUGCAUCAUCAUGGAGACGAGCCAGAGCUGGCUGGCUACUCACUGCAAGAGCUGUUCCUCCUCUCUCGCAGUCAGCUGAACCAACAGCGCAAUCUGGCCAUCAGCACUCUCGCUAAUGUCCUGACCAAAGCUCGUGCUGGUGAGUUCAUUUCCUCUCUGAAGAGCAGCGUCUUGUCUUCUUUACUGGAUGCUGGACUUCUCUUCCUUCUGCGUUUCUGUCUGGAUGAUGGUGUGGAGGCUGUGAUGUCAGCGGCAGUGCAUGCCUUGCGAGCUCUGCUGGUUUCAUCUGAAGAUGAAGAGUGCUUGGAUAACACCUUCUCAUGGCUCCUUGGGAUUGCAAACUUUCCUUUGCUGCCCGCUGCUGAGGAGGAUGAGGAUGAGGAAGAUGAAGGCUUGGAUGAAGUCAUGAAAGAAACCGCUAAAGAGAAGGAAGAAAAGAAAACCGAUCAUGAUGUUGCUAGACAGGAUGUUGUCAAGGGUUUUUUGAGAAUGCAGGGUCUUCCUCGAUUGAGGUACAUCCUGGAGGUUGUGCGACCCUCUCCUGCAGUUGUUCUUGAUAUUCUGGAAGUUCUGAUCCGAAUCGCUCGCCACUCAACCGCUGCAGCCGUACGGAUCUUGGACUGCCCGCGGCUGAUGGACACUGUGAUUUCGGAGUUUCUCCCCUGUUCCUGGGCUCCUGCUCCCUCACAGGCUCCAUCCUCUUUGUAUGGACUGCCUGUUUCCUUGGCGAUGAAGCUGCUGCGUGUGUUAGCAAGUGCUGGAAGGCACGUCUGUGCAAGAAUACUAAACUCUCUAAGAGGCAAGGAGCUUUUGUCCCGGUUUGUGGUUGUGGAGCCAUCAGAGAUGCUGCUGGAACAAGGUGAAGCUCUUCGCUGCAGCACAGAGGCGUUGAGACUGUUCGCAGUGGCUGCCAGUUAUGGACAGGCCUGCAAUCUGUACACGGAUCUGUAUCCUGUGCUGGUGAAGAGGCUGCAGGCUGGUCAGCAGUGCUGUUCUUCAUCUGAGGCAGUGCUGUGUCUGGAGCUGGACCGAAUCAGAGCUCUGCUGCUGCUGCUCACUCAGGUCACUCACACAGCUGGAUGCCAUGAAGAACUGCAGAGAGGCCUGCUCAGUGCUCAGGGUACAGAGUGUCCUCCGCCUCCUCCUGUAGUGUGGACUCAUGUGACGGGUCUCCAGCCCACUGUCAUUAGCUCUCUGAAGGGCUGUGUGAGAGCACUCGACGGCCCGGCUCAAAUGUCAAGCGCUUUGAUUCUGCUUCCAUCAUACCUGCUCUAUGCGGAGGCGUUUUAUUCACAGCUCUGUCUGCAAAGCUCAUUCCAGCCGGUGCAGUGUCUACAGGAAUUGGAGUCGCUGACUUUAGAUGUGCUUUUGCCACUGAUGUCCCAUCAGGCCAUGCAAAAUAUCAUCAGCAGCUUCAGAUCCAACUCUGUAAUCUGUAACUCUGGUCUGAGUGGUGCAGGUGGAGAGUUUGUCCCAAGUCUGCCAGGCCUGAGCUCCUCAAGACUGAAGACCUCCAGCUCAAUAGCAGGUGCCAAAUCCCCUUUGCCUCUCCCCACUGCCCUGCUACACCUGCUCAACACCAUCACUUCCAUCCACAAAGGCUUGGUUAACAAGUUCAGUCCGCUCAUACUCUCUGACUCUGUACUGGGUUACCUGCGCUCUUGUAUCGGAGUCAUGCCCUCUGUUUCUCAAACGAGCGCCUGGAUUUUAAGGCAUGAGCACCACCUGCUGUAUCUCCUGCUCAGACUGGCACACAAGCUGGUUCAAGUUGACCCAGAAGUGGCCAAACAUGCCUCCCUGUUCCACCAAGUGUCUCUGGCACUGCUGUCAUGGCUGCUGCCUGGCUCUGAGCACCUGGCUCAUGAACUCAUGUCUCUCAUGACCUUCAGCCACAGCCUCCUCCCAGAGGGUGCUUGUGGAGACCCAGAGGUGACAUCACUGGCCGAGCUGCAGCUCCAGGACAGGACUUCACCUGCGGUCAGCACCCUCCUACAUGAUGCUCUUCAUCAUUUGCCCUCUAUCCGCGGUUGUUACCUGUCCCACCUGGCACACAUGGAGCCCUCAGUCCACUUAUCCCGCGACCGGUACCUCGGCCAAACACCAUUUAUCAAAUCUCACCUCCUUCCAGAACUAACCGGGCCUUCGUUACCUUCAGAUUGGCCCUUCUUACCUCUCAUCAGUCUCUAUGAGAGAUCAGGACUGUUCGUCGGGCAGCAGGUCGAGUCUCUUCCAAUGGGGUUUGUCCAGUCUGCCACUCACUGUCUUCAAUGGCUGCUGCUUUUGGAGAGCUGGAGAGAGCACACACUCGCUGCGGUGCCACCAGUGGCCAAGUUUGCCCGUCUCGCCUGUGUUUUUUUGUGCUCCAACGACCUCUUCUUGGAAAGGCCUGUGCAAGAGUUUACUUGGGCGCUGUUUCGCAGGCUGAUGCAGCCGGCCCAGCUUGAAGUGUUGGAUUUGGGCUCUCCUCCACCGGGAUUGGCUUCCUUUCAUGAUCUGUACUCGGCUCUGUUGGCGCAAUAUGAAGCGGUGUCUUUCGGUGACCCGCUGUUUGGCUGCUUCGUGCUUUUGCCUUUACAGCGGCGCUACAGUGUUACCAUGAAGCUGGCCGUGUUUGGUGAACAUGUGGGAAUGCUGAGAUCACUUAGGGUUUCUCUACAGCAGCUGCCUAUUCCUCUGGAGAGGUUCACGUCCCCCAUAGAGGACUCUCUGCCCCUGCUGCGCUUGUAUUUUCGAGCUCUAGUAACAGGAGCUUUGAAGAGGAACUGGUGUCCUGUGCUUUAUGUGGUGGCUGUUGCUCACCUCAAUGCUUUCAUCUUCUCUCAGGACGCAGUGACCGAGGAGGUGGAUUCGGCACGUCGGAACUUGCUACAAAAGACCUUCUACCUGACAGAUGAGGUGUUGAAGAACCACCUGCUCCUUUUCCGGCUGCCCCAGCAGAAUUCCGAGCUGGGCUUUAGCACUUAUGAACAGCUGCCCUCCAUUCGGGCCCGCAGGUUGGACGGCAUUGUGGGAACUGGUGGAGAAAGGUGAUAAAAGACCUGUUUUUUUUUUUUUAGGAGAUUCGUGAACUAGUCACACAAGUUUUUUGCCUAUUAGAGUAACCGUAGACUUUAAAAUAAAAUGAGUUUUUCAUAAAUA